AUGACAGGCCCCGGGUGGCCACACGUCCCAACAGGUCGGCGCUUCCGUUUGCACGCUGUGUUUGGAGCUCUUCUCGUGCUGGGGGUCUUCACCCUAUGGCUGCAGAUGACGCCGUUCCUGCAGAGUUUGUCGCGGACAAAAGGGCAACAUCCAGUCGCUUCAACCGCGUCGCACGUGACGCCACUAUUUGGGAACGGGGCAGCUGGUGCGGGAAAAAAAGAGGUGCUGGACGACGACCUGCUGCACUUGAGUCUGCUGCAUGAACACUGUGUGCGGGACGCCAGUGUCUCGCUCCCGUGGACGUUUGGCAGUCCUGGAAACCAACUUCCGAACGCAUCGGCAAGUAAUCCAGAGGUUGUCAUGCACCUCAAGGACGAAAACUUGCUGGCAAAGCUUCGACAGUGCCCUGACGUGGACAUUUUCCUCCCACUUGGGCUACGUGGAAACGGUUAUUGCCAAGACGCUGUGGCCUACGUAAAGUAUCUACAGUCUCGACUGCUGCCGCAGUGGGCGCUCCAAGUCAAGCUCUUUGAUCCCGAUCUCGGACGCGGUGUCGACUACUUUGACCUGUGCCCCAAGACGCCCAUGCUUUUCUUCAACCACUACUGGAACGGAGUGCCCUCGAUGCCACGCUGGCCCAAGGACAAGCCGAUCUACAUGAUGCCAAACAUUGACAUGUUUGAGAUAACGGCAGUGCAUUACUGGCAAGUGGACGCAGUGUUGUGUAAGACAAGGGUAUGCUACGACAGAGUGACGCAGUGGUACGAGCAAGAGGGCAACCCCCGUGGUGCACGAGUGUUUUACACAAAGCACACGUCGUCGGAUCCAGCCACCUUUGCGCGUAAACGCUUGGGAAAAAGCGCCAUUGUCCCCAAAGACUUUGCCACCAUCAAGCUCGUUCACACGGCGGGCACGAGCGCUUCCAAAGGCACGAGGGAAUUGGUGGAAUGUUGGGUGCAUGAGCCUGAUCUGCCUCCCCUUGACGUGUACAUUGACUCGGGGCCAUUCAACCGGUUGAUCAAGAAGGACUUGAAGGCAUCGAUGCAGCACAGUCGUAGUCCACUCAACCUCACUGUGGGUAUGGUCGAGCGCUCUGCAUUUGCCAAAUUGACUGCAGAGGCGGCGUUUCACAUGUGUCCGAGUAUCAGCGAAGGCUAUGGCCAUUACAUCAACCAGGCACGUGCUGCUGGAGCUGUGGUCAUUACGACCGACUUGCCGCCGAUGAAUGAGCUCAUUUCGUCAGGCGAGACGGGCUUCUUGAUUCCAGUAAAGCGCCGGGCGAACUCGAGGCAGCUCAUGGGUGGCGAGUACAAGGGGAAGCAUGGGUUAAAGGGCGUCAGUGGACUGCUUGGAUCGUUUGGAGGCCCCGACGUGUGCAAAGCUGUUCGAGAGCUGGUGGAAAACACCACGACGAAAGAGCGGGCGGCAAUGGGAGCCAAAGCACACCGAGCCUACCACGAAGAUACCCACUUCUUCGCCCGUGCCAUGGAAGAGCUCCGUCAGCAUGCACGAGGUAGUGGCUUGAUCGUGUAUCAUUUUCAUGCCGUGGCCAGGUAUCUUACAAAGGGGAUGCAGAAGCUGCGGAGCUUUGCGCAGCCAUGA